GCCAAGCAGUGGGGCUGGACGCAGGGACGGUGGCCCAAGAAAAGCGCCGAGUUCUUGCUUCACAUGCUCAAGAACGCGGAGAGCAAUGCUGAGCUCAAGGGUCUGGACGUGGAUUCCCUGGUCAUCGAGCACAUCCAGGUGAACAAGGCUCCCAAAAUGCGGCGCCGCACCUACAGAGCGCAUGGUAGGAUCAACCCCUACAUGAGCUCCCCGUGCCACAUCGAGAUGAUCCUCACCGAGAAGGAGCAGAUCGUUCCCAAGCCAGAGGAAGAAGUUGCUCAGAAGAAAAAGAUCUCCCAAAAGAAGCUGAAGAAGCAGAAACUGAUGGCUCGGGAGUGAACCUGACCCAAGAGAUGUACAUUAUAAAUAAACCUAAAAACUUCACAU